ACCUCCGUGUCCACCUGAGCACCAAGCAGCCGAGCACCAUGGUGGGGAAGAGCCCGCUGGGCCCCAGCGAGCCCCGGAAAGUGGUGCUGCUGGAGCCCUUCGUGCACCAAGUCGGGGGCCACAUGAGCGUGAUGAAGUACGACGAGCACACGGUGUGCAAGCCCCUCGUCUCGCAGGAGCAGUGGUUCUACGAGUCGCUGCCCCUGGCCAUGCRGCAGUUCACGCCCCAGUACAAAGGUAUCAUUUCCGUGCACCUCAAAAAGGACAGCCUGGGCAACCUGAACUUAAUAGCCAGCCCCAGCCUGCAGACGGAGGCCUUGCUGGACACCAUCCACGAGUCGUCGGUCACGCUCUGGCACAAGUGGGCCACGGGCAGCGAGCGCACGCUUGUCAAGUGGAGCCACGUGCAGCUCACCAAGACCCUCAAGGACAGCUGCCCAGGGAAAAUGCUAUUGAGGACAGACCUUCAAUACUGCACAGAUUCACUCUUGGAAGAUGCAAACGGAAAUCAGCCUGAAAGAAAAAGCUACAACCCCUGGGGACUGCACUGUCACAGGCAGCACCUGAACCGCAUGUCCUCCAAAUAUAACGAGAACAAACUUCAUCAGUUUCUCUUGCUAGAGAAUGUGGUAUCAAAGUACAGCUACCCCUGCAUUCUGGACCUGAAGAUGGGAACCCGGCAGCACGGAGAUGAUGCCUCGGAGGAGAAGAAGGCCCGACACAUCAAGAAGUGUGAGCAGAGCACCUCUGCGUCGCUGGGYGUCCGCAUCUGCGGGAUGCAGGUGUACCAAGCUGAAACUGGCCACUUCCUCUGCAAAGAUAAAUAUUAUGGAAGAAAACUCACACCCGAGGGAUUCCGGCAAUCCUUGCGCCAGUUCCUGUGCAAUGGUAACCACCUCAGAACGGAUCUCUUGGAGCCCAUCGUCCUGCAGCUGAAAGCUCUGCUGUCGGUCAUUAGGAAGCAAAGCUCCUACAGGUUCUACUCCAGCUCACUCCUCAUCAUCUAUGACGGACUGGAGAACAAGGAGAACSCAGCACCCUUGGAUAAUCACCCGCAGGGGCCCUUCCAGAAGACAAACUGCACCACGUCGCAUGGUGCCGGCCACUCCAAAGUGGACGUCCGCAUGAUAGACUUUGCCCACACCACUUUUAAAGGCUCCAAGAGCAAUCACACCACUUACGAUGGGCCAGACCACGGCUAUAUUUUUGGUCUAGAGAAUCUCAUCAAAAUCCUUCAGAACAUCUCUGAAGGAAAAUGACAAAUCAUGUGAAACAGCCUGGACUUCCUAGUCAKAUUCCUGAAAAGUACUGCAUUGGGUCAGUUGUAUGGGACCCUCACCGCUGCUAAAUGUCACGUGCACGGUUUGGAAUGAAGCAUGGACAGCUUGCUAGGAAAGUGCAAAAAUGCUACGUGCCAUUACUGAACUCGAGCGUGAAAAGCAAAGAGCUGAAAGAAUCUGUUCUGUCUGCAAUCAAUCAGAAGAUUUAUUUUCCUUCCUUGUUUUACUGCUUUCCUUGAUUUAUUUGUGAG